CAACUUGCCCAAACUCGCAGAACGUGUUUUUUUCACCGGCCACGGAGUCUUAUCUACCUUGUUGCCAUUUCCGCUUACUGUACCCAGCACCAGCUUACACCAGCCUGCCCAUCAAUACUACUACAGGGUGCCAGCUUCACGACGAGAUCACUUUAUUUAGUUGUAAAUACGUUGAUAUGUAACCAGGCGUGUCUGCGACAUGUUUGCCCUCAUUUAAAACCGACACACCUCUGACGAAAACCGAAUAAGAUAUUAUAAAUUAGAUAAAAGGAUCCGGUAACAUUCCUGAAUUCAAAACACCGCAAUAGGCUGCGAUAGAAAUGAAAGGACUGACGGACGAAGCGGUGUCCGAGGCGUGCAAAGAGGGGAACCCGAUCACUCAGGAUUUCAUGUUGCAGCAGACCAUGUUGAGAGUCAAAGACCCAGUGAAGUCUUUAGAUUUCUAUACGCGUGUUUUAGGCAUGACGCUGCUUCAGAAGAUCGAUUUUCCCUCGAUGCGUUUCUCCUUCUACUUCCUGGGCUACGAGGAGCGCUCAGAGAUCCCCUUGGAUGUCAAGGAGAGGACCGCCUGGACCUUCUCCCGCCGGGGGACCAUAGAGCUCACCCAUAACUGGGGUUCGGAGUCUGAUGAGAAUCUGUCUCAUCAUAAUGGAAACUCAGAGCCGAGAGGCUUCGGCCAUAUUGGCAUCGCCGUUCCUGACGUCUAUGCUGCCUGCAAAGUGUUUGAAGCUCAAGGAGUGACCUUUGUCAAGAAGCCUGAAGCUGGUAAGAUGAAAGAUCUAGCCUUCAUCCGGGACCCAGACGGCUACUGGAUUGAGAUUUUAAGUCCGAACAACAUGGUGGCGCUGACCUCCUAGCCCCUAGUUAGGACACCGUAGAGGUGGAGAUGACCUCUGAGCCCCUAGUACCCCCUCCGGAGUGGGGGAGAUGAAGCUGUCAUACUUGAUACAUGUGCCUGUUCUAUGAGACUGUUCAUUGUUUUCUUUGCGAGAGCUUCUCUCUUUGUUUUAAUCCUGUCUGUUUCCAGUUGUUGCUCCUUUGAUUCCCAGACCACAUGUUUGUUUGCUACUUGUUUUGUUGUCAUAAUUGUCAAGUUAUUUCAAAAAUGCUUUGUUGAACAUUUAUUGUAGGUCUAUCUCUCUAAUUGCUAAGCGGUAUCAAAAUCAUUCAUGUAAAAAAAGUACCUUGAUUAAAUAAAUGUAGGUAAUGCUGCCUCUUAUGCGUUCUUUUAUAAACGAAUAGGUAGGCCUACUUCCUGAUUUAAAAUGUGUUUGCCAGAGCUAGCAAAACCAAAAGAUGAGGUCACAGGGGCAGAAUCAACUUCACUUUGACAGUGUGAUACAUCGAAUAGACAUCCUAACUUUAUGUAACUAAUGCUAAAACCUAUUUUGUAAUUUGGGAUUGAUGAAAAGAGGAUGCUGCAGAGAAGCGCACUAUUAUUAAUCGACCGACGUCCCGCAGGAUCGCUCGCGUAUUGAGUGUCGGUCACUUGAAAGGGACAAGCCAGCGCGAGGGCAGGCUGACCGGGCAGGGUUCGCCAGGCCUGGCAGGGACAGCUGCCUUACCCCUCGAGGGCCCCCCAUUCAGACGGAAGAAAGUGAUGCUGAUGAGGACGAUGUUCUUACAGUAAUGGCUCAACAGUGCGAUGGUGACUCCAGCGUGUAAAUCGACUGAACUGACAAAAUACUCUCUCUCUCUCGAUCCCACAUAUCUGAAGAUUGGAUUCAUCAUGUUUUUCAUCUGUUCGAGCACAACAGCUCACUGUGUGUUGAUUUGUCAGAGAAAAUAUACUGAGAUUAUGGGAUUCACAUGAACGUUUCAUAGCCACAUGUGA